AUGGCUUUUUACAGCGAGAUAAAUGUCUUACAAAGACUUUUCAUCGGAAAGUUUCUAUUAAUUUACAGUCUGUGCGUGGCUGUGUAUGCGGGUGUUCAAGCUGACAAUAAGCGACCAGAAUGCCCUAACGAGCAGUUCGCACUGGAAUGUCCCGACCUGGAAUUGGUCCUCCAAAAUGGAACUUUUCUGGAGCUUCAAUGGAGGGUCACUGACCCCGAAGAUCUCAAGAAGCAAUAUGUCGUCUACUGCAACAAAAGCUUGCAGUGUACCAGAUACAGAGACAUAGGAAGCUUUGAUCAAAGAAUCAAAGUGAGCAAUCCUGUGCGUGGAACACUUCUUGUGAAACAGAUUAAGCUGAACGAUCGACUUGACUAUACUUGUGCCAUAGAACGCAGCGGAAACAGAGGCCCCGUUGUUCGCAAAAUAAUCGUCACUUCAUCAAAGCAUUGUCUGUCCUCCACAGCUGGGCAAAACCUUGACCUGGGACAAACAUUCCAGGGUAUGUUUUCUAAGGAAAAAGUGGAGGAUAUUGAGUGGUACAGAGUCUCACAAGAUGGAACGAAAGUGAAAAUAGCAUACUGCAGUCCCUCCUCGCCAUGCAGGUUGGUGGAAAAUUGCAUCAGCUCCUGUCCAGAGUACCUAGCAAGACUGAGGACAGACGGGGUGUCAAUUAUUCUGUCGAACGUCACACAGGCUGACCGCGGAUUGGAAUUUCAAUGCCAAAUACACCCUAAGAUUAUGACCAAAGGACCUCGAGUUUACAUGAUCAGGAUUAAAGAAAUCUCGCCUCGAGAAGAUGAUGUCAACCGAACAACUGUCACAACCAGGGCAACGGCAACAUCUGCCGCGGACACGACAGGAUCGACUGGAAACAACCCAGGACCUUACAGUAUACAGAACAGCUGGUUGAUAGCAUUCAGUGUCGUGAUUAGCUUAGUGAUGGCGCCCUACGGAAUCUGUUAGACUUUUCCUGUUUCCAGGAUAUUGUCUCGGCGAUAUCGUAAGGCUGCCUCUUCCCAUUUCCACGCGGUCAGUUCGUUUUGAGUCAUGUGACAGAGGGACUGUUCGCAAGGGUGACGUUACCGAAACCAAUAAGGAAGCGCGCGAAGUCUAAAAAUAGAAUGCAAAUUAUUGGAACCACGCGAGAGUCAGACAACAUAGGCGUUUUCUGAGAGAAACAGGAGGAAAAUGAACACCAAAUUUUUGUUUUAAAAAUUGUUCUAGGAACACUUGCUUACACGCUUGAAAAAGCGUCAAAUCCUCCACAAUUCCGUUUUGUUUGUCUGAGUUAUGACGUCACUCGCGCGCUUCGCUAUUCGCCGUGAAGGCCUUGGAAAGCGCAGAACUGAAACUAGCUUAAUCCUAGCCUUACUGAGUUCUUGACCAGAGCCUCGACCCUCGAUAGUUUUGUAUGUUUGAUGUGAUGUGCAAGUCUUUAUGUUCUGGGAGAAGCAAUGACAAUACAACAGAGCAUAACUCAAUAAUCUUUCUUUAUUCAAGAAAAAAGUAGUUUAAAUAUUUUUUUUCACGUCCUUUUUCAAUAAUUUAGAUUUGCGAUAAAUAAUGCAUAAUAUACAAGUCUUUUUCCUCAAUGUAGCUUAUGUAAGAUUCUCCAAAAGUAGUCUGCAAUAAGAAUGAUGUAAGCGUUGUAAUCGCAUGCGUUAUACAGAUAAUCCUGCAAAUAAUUGUGAAACAUGACAUAUGAAAGCAUCAUAAUAUGUAUAAAAAAUAAUUUACGUAUACAAAAUUUAAUUUGUACAAUUGCUGAUGAAACUUUAAAUUAGCGAAUUUUGACUUGUUAGCUUUUCCUUAAAGAAACCAUAACAAGUCAAUAUUUUUUUUUAACUCAACUCAACUUUGUAAUGUACUGUAUCAUUAAAUGAUGGCGUGUUAUGUCUUGAACGGAGUAAUUCCGUGUGAAUGUAAAGAUAUAUUUAUC